AUGAACCGCUGCCUGAUCCUGCUGUUGCUUGGACUGGCCACCGUCGCCUGGGGGCGCUUCAAAUUGGACCUGGACAAGAUCCUUGACGACGAUGAGGUCGAGCAGUUCAGCAAGUUCAGAUCGCGCUUCAAGAAGAACUGCACCGAUGGGGCCGACGAGUGCAAGAAGAGGAAGAAGAACUUCGCGGCCAACUGGAAGAGGAUGAAGAAGGUCAACCAGAGCAGCUUCACCGUUGGCGAGACCCAAUUUAUGGACUGGUCUCCGGAAGAGAUGCAAAAGAUGGUCUUCGACCCGUCCCGUCUCCCCAUUACGAAGAAUCACACCAAGAAUGUGCCCCAGAUGGUUCGACAAAAGCGCGCCAACAUCGGCACGCUGGACUACCGCACGUUCGAUUUUGUCGGUCCCAUCAAGAACCAGGGAGGAUGCGGGAGUUGUUGGGCUUUCUCUUCGGUCGCCGCUAUCGAGAUUGCUUCCAACAAAAAGAACGGACGCACCGGAGCUAACAAGAGGACGUACUCGGAACAGUACGUCCUUGACUGCACAUCCGGAUCUACUUGUGUCGGGGGAUGGCCGUCAGCUGCCCAAACGCUUGUCGUUCAUCAGGGCCUCCCCCGGGCUCAGUAUCUGGCCUACAAUGGGGUUAAGGGAACUUGCCCGGCUACGACAGUCGAAAAGCCUCUAAUAGGCCUAGUCGACCUCACCAACAACGCCGACAGGAUCAUCACCCAUCUGCAGACCACGGGGCCAGUUGUUGCUUGCUUUAUCGUCUGCAGCGAUUUUUACUACUACACGAGCGGGAUCUAUUCAAAUAAUUGCAAAUACCAGGGUGCCGGGUAUGUGGGUGGACAUGCUGUCACGAUCAUUGGAUACGGGACCGAAAACGGGAUGGACUACUGGUUGGUGCGCAACUCGUGGGGCACCGGAUGGGGAAUUCAGGGUUAUUUCAAGAUUCAACGUGGCGUAGACAUGGCUUCGUUCGAGUCCUGGGAGGUUACUGCUCCGCUGCCGGCUACAAUUGCC